AUGGAAGAAGCACGCAAUCUCGAGAAAAUGCAACCAUUAGCCGGUGGAUCGGAGGCUGUGGCAGCGGCGUGGUUCGUCGAACUAGAGAGAGCACAGCUAGAACAUUUUGAUGCUACAUACAUAAGUACUUUGCCAAUUCAUACUCUACUUUCGAGGAGUACUGUAGUGGCAGAACAAGUCACCUUCAAUUUUCUCAACAGAUGCCCAUUUUCCAUAUGGCCGGCCAUGGCUCCCAACACGGGCCAACCGGUGAUCGCGGAAGGAGGCUUUUACCUCCAGUGGGCAUCCAGAAAACUCGUCUCGGUCCCGCCAGGGUGGAAAGGGCGGAUCUGGGCCCGCACUGGGUGUAGUUUCGCGUCGAACAGACCGCCAACCUGCGAGACCGGGGACUGCGGGCAGCUCCGUUGCCGUGGGCUCAUCGGGACCCCUCCUGCCACGCUGGUCCAGGUCUGGCUCCACGCGGAUGAGGCCAAGCCGAGCUUCUAUAACAUCAGCCUGGUCGACGGGUUCAACCUUCCAAUCUCGGUCCAGACGAGGCCCACGCAGCCCGAGUGCGAAAUCCCGGGGUGCUCGAAGCCGUUGAACGGCCUGUGCCCUGAGGAGUUGCAAGUGAUGAAUGGGAAAGGGAAGGUUGUGGCUUGCAAGAGCGCCUGUUUGGCCUUCAACACCGACGAGUACUGUUGCCGGAACGAGUACGCGACACCGGACAAGUGCAAGCCCAGCGUGUAUUCCAGGCUUUUUAAGGAUGCCUGUCCAGGUUACUACAGCCAUCCCUACGACUCGCCCCGGCCGCAGGUUAGCUGCGCGUCCAAGGAGUUUGAGAUUAUCUUUUGUCCAAACUUUUGGGGUGUUGAGCAAGUGCCAGGGUGGAAUUAUGCCGACUACUGA